AUGCAGGAGAGUGGCAUUAUAAAGCACACCACAGUUAUGGAGAACACAGACGGAAACGGUGACCCUGCCUGGACCACUGGGCUGAAGUCUGCAGACUACGAGCUGUUGUGUAGAGACGGAACCAGGGCCCCUGUGAGAGAACACCGCCGGUGCCAUCUGGUCAGGGUGCCAGCCAGGGGCAUCGUGGUUAAAUCUGACAUCAGUGGCACUGUGGUCUAUAACAUGUUGACAGAAGGACUGGUGGUCGAGGGCGAGUUAGGCAGCAAUUUGCUGUUCAGUGUUUCGUCCACAGAGUUCUCCUCGCGGCGGUAUGAUGAUCCUAAGGCGUGGAUGGGCUCCAUCUACUACAACACUCUCAAAGCCAUGGACUGCAUCCCAGCAGAGCUGCCCCAGUCCCUGCGUUGGUGUGUGUUGUCCAGCGAUGAGCAGCAGAAGUGUACAGACAUGGCCGAGGCCUUCAGUGCCAAGUCUCUGGUCCCCAAUAUCCAGUGUGUGAUGGGAUCUUCAGUGGACGACUGCAUGAAGAAGAUCCAGAAUAAAGAGGCAGAUGCCAUCACCCUGGAUGGAGGUUACAUCUACACAGCAGGGAAAAGCUACGGCCUGGUGCCUGCUGCUGGGGAGAGCUACACAGGUAUGAUC